UUUCGAAAUCGGCGGCUGCUUACGCGCUGAUUGUGUGUGCCCUCCCGUCCCAUCGGAAGGACGCGCGUUUUGUAUUCGUAACGGAAAAUCAAUCACCGAAUGGUUUUGUGUGUACUUGAAUGGCAAAAGUGAUGGAGUUGUCCCUGGUGGCUCAAUACGAUGAGCUGCGGCGUUCGUUUGAAGUGUUUCGCGAUGGUGCGGCCGAGGUCGAGUUUUUGCGCUUCGUGCAGCUGCAGGACGAGUGCCGGAUGCAGUGGCUCAAGUCGAUCGAGGAAGCGAAACGCCUGCAGCACGAGCUAGACAAUGCACUGCGCAUCAUUACGAAUCUCGAAUCGAAGCUCUUCCACGCCCGCAAACUGCUCGAGACGGAAACGAAGGCCCGCCGGCAUGCGGAGCACGAGCGGGAUUCGAUGGAACGCAAGAUGAUGGCCGUGUUCGAUAUAGUGCGCAACGAGCAAACGAUCCGGGACGAAACGCGUGAACAGUUGGCAGUGUUUGCGACGGAACCGACACGACGCAGAUCGCGCCACGGGCACACGGUCGACGGAGGAGCAGACCGCGAAAUGGGCGGCGGGAUGGACAAUGACAUCAAUUCCACUGGGUCGUUCCUGGUGGAUCUUUCCCUGACGCAAUCGGAAGACGAUUUCCUGGAACCGCUGAAAAUGCAAGCGAAGCGAAAGUCGUGGAAGAAGCAUCGCCCAUCGUACAACAACAACACUAGCUUUAAGGUGCCCCAGGAGCCAGCGAAGCGCGUGAUGGAAAUUAACUCGACCUCGCACGUCAUGGAACCGCGCACGGAGGGUGAAAUCAUUGCACACGCCAAGAUAACGGUCCCGACCGGGCCCGACGGUGGGCCGAUACAGGCCGAGUCAACCUUCCGCACGAUGGCUCCACAGAAUCGACUGCCCCCGGCGGUCGUUUCGAGUUGCGCCUCGUCCAACUCUACUGCCGCAACCAUCGUGAACGUGGCACCAACCACACCGGUGCCGGAAAAACAGGAACCCAAGAAAACGGUCAUCCAGCGGCAGCACGAUCUGGUCGGCCGCACGUUCAUCAGCUCGGACACAUGCAACCAGUGCCAGGAACGGAUCCGCUUCGGCAGCAGCGGCCUUCGGUGUCGCGAAUGUAAGGCCCUGUUCCACGGGUACUGUCGCGAAAAGAUAUCCUUCCCGUGCGUACCGCAAUCACAAACAAAGAACGUUCGCCGCGGUACGGCCAGCACGGCGACCGCCACCAACAACGGUGGCCCGCAAACGCCACAGGCACCCGGUGCCAUCAACUGCCUGGAAGACUACUGUCCCUCGUCCAGCCCGCGCAUCCCCGCGCUGAUCGUGCAUUGCGUGAGCGAAAUCGAAAACCGCGGCCUCACCGAGGUCGGUUUGUACCGCAUGUCCGGCUCGGAGCGCGAAGUACGCGCACUGAAGGAGAAAUUUUUGCGUGGCAAAACCAUUCCCACGCUUGGGCAGGUCGAUGUGCACGUGCUCUGCAGCUGCAUAAAGGAUUUCCUGCGCACCCUGCGCGAACCGCUCAUCCCGUGCGCUCUGCUCGCCGAGUUCUCCAACGCCGUGACGGGCAGUUCGAGCCCGAACAGUGACCAGCGUACCCGGGAACAGCUGUGCCAGCUGAUCGAACGGCUACCGGCACCGAACCGCGACACACUCGCGUUCCUUAUGCUGCACUUCCAGCGCGUGGCCCUCUCGGAGCAGGCCAAGAUGCCGAUCGACAAUCUGGCCCGCGUGUUCGCACCGACCAUCGUCGGGUACUCGCGCAUGGAUCUGGACAUGAACGCGAUGUGUGCCGAAACGUACGUGCAGUUUAGCAUCGUGCAGGCCAUGCUGCAAAUCCACACCGACUACUGGAGCCAGUUCAUCCUGCUGCAGCCGGCGAGCGGUUGCUACGGCGAGGAGAGCAACAGAAAGGGAGCCCCCACGCCAGGCAGGCGCGGUGGUGUGGGCGACCUCAUGACGCAGGCCCUCGAGAAGGAACGGCGCAUGGAAACGCCGAUAUUGCGCCGGCCUCGCAAAGACAGGAAGUAUUAUGCGACACCACCGUAUAAGACGUCGAAAGAUUAAAAUGCCAAGGGGGCCCGGGGGCCGGAAUGGCGCUGGAAAGGGAAGGGGAAGAAGAAGAAGAAGGAGGAAAGAGCGCUUAGAGAUGUAGUUACUUAAAUUAACCAUGCAUACUGUUAAUGUAACAUUUUCUUAUACUGUUCUCUUACAUAUCCUAUUUGAAGGUGUAUAAACUUGUUGUUUCAUCCACACAUUUGAUACAUAAAUAAAUAAAACAAACAAAAAAAAACGCAAUUUCACUAACCACAAACUUGAGUUGAGUAUUACAAAUCUAGCAAAGCAUCUAUUGUUAGAUAUCACAAUAGAAUGCCUAACACAAUUAUGCGAACAACUGGUUUUGAUUGUUAAAGAUUAAGUGAUAGUAAUUUGUUUGGAUUUGGAAUACUUUUUUUAACUUUUUCGUAAGUUUUUACACACACAUAACCUUCCUUCCUAUAUCCCAGGAUUUACUUUAGUUGUAACCUAACUUUCUAGAAAAUCUAAGUUAUUUUGAAAAUAUGUUAUGAUAUAAAAAAAGUUUUGAGCAACCUUUAAUAAAUAAAAAAAAUAACCUGAA